AUGCUGUUUGUACCAUCCCUAGACCACGAGACACUUCGUAAUGUCAAUGCGUUACUCAACACGGAGACAAGCCCUCCCUCCUACGCCAAUCUCCUGAAAGCCGUGAACGAUCGCCUCGUCAUCCUGGAGAAUCCAGAGGGCGUGCUCAACAAGGCUACGUUAUCACGGAGAGCCCUCGCGCGAGAGGCAGUGCAAGCCAUUGUUGAGCCUCACGUUCUACAGUGGAUGGACGACGAUGAUUCCCUGACCGACGUGGACUUCAUCCGCCGAGCUCUGGACGAGAUCAAUAGACGAUUCGAGGAGCAGCCUGUCUGGAAUACAACACCUGGCGCCCUCGAAGGUCUCGCCAAGAAAUUAGGAGACCUCCCGUGCCUUCUUUUUCACGCCAAGGACAAGUGUGAACCAGAUGCGAACACGACUAGGCUCGGUGUUCCAUUCAUCGCUGUGUAUCUCAAGGUCGCGUUCCGUAUCCUUGAAUGCGACCAGUCGCGCAAAAUUCACCCUCGGGUCAGUGCUGCUGUUUACGACGCCCUCGCCAAGUCAUUCCGCCACCAAACUUCAAUUGGAGACGACCGGUUAUAUGAGGAACUCGGUGGCUUCGUGUCUCGCGGUAUGAAAGAUAAGGAACGGGCUGUCCGUCUCGCUGCCGGGCGUGCCCUCGUUGAGCUCGUCAGACUUUUCGAGAGGCUUGAAGAGAAGAGAGAGAUCACUGUUGUAGGACUGUUCGAGAGGGUGAAUCCGCUUUUGAGGCACCCUGAGCACCGAGUUCGCGAAACCACCAUUGUGACUGUAGGCUUCAUUGGAAAGUCGUGCACUGGGCCUGCCUUACGAGAGAGCGUGUGUUCGUUGGUCUUCCAGAUCGGCCAGUCCAAUCCGAUCUUGAAGGGCACAGCGACGCUGCAGCUACAGGCCCUGGCGCGGCAGUACAAGAAAUCGCUCUAUAGUCUCACAUCUCCCUAUCUGGACCGCAUCGCUCCGUACCUAGUCCGCCGCAUGAUCAGCGAGCCGGACGGCAUCGCAGAGUUCUGUCGCCUCCUCUCGGUCACGCUCGAGGACUUCGUGAAUCUGACGUUGAAGCACUCGCUCCCCCCUCUCUUCGCCGAUGGCCAGGCCAAAGUGCUCGAAGCGGUCGCUGCGAUCGUCAGGAAGCACAACAUUGCGUUACUUGUGCUGGAUGGGGCGCACUGGAUUCUCUCGCACUCGUUCAUGUUGACCGGAAUUGGUCAAACUAACAGGGGUUUACAGUUCAUUCUGGGGGUACUGCGGGAGAAUGCGCAGGACCCCACAGCGAUUGACAUCGCGAGCGUUGCCCGGAGUUGUCUCAUUAACCUCCUGGGAGAAAUCGUGGUGUGCCUGGGGGAUGAGAAUCCUGACACUGUGGAAGCGGCACAUCAGGGGUUACGCAAGCUCGUUCGGCUAUUGGGUGCUCCAGGAUCUGAGGCUUCGGGGACCAGGCAGGAAAUCGAGGCGUUCUUCAAGGAACACAUGCUCGGCGUCAUCUCAACACUCAACGAUAUGUUGCAGGAGGUCCAUGGCAGACAGUCGAUUGAGACCAAGCAGAAGAUUCUCCGAAGUCUUGGAGAGUUUGCCAAGCUCGUCGGUCCGACGAUCGCGAACGUCGCUCCUCAGAUCAUGGCCUCGCUGCAGACGAUGGUGGUUGUACCUCAGUUCUCCGAAGCAGCGUUGUCGAGUUGGUGUUCCUUCAUCUCGACCCUGAAUCCGGCGGACAUUGGGUCGCACGUCGGACCCACGAGCGCAUCUUUGGUUGCUUCAUGGCCCUCUUUCUCUGAAAAUGGCCGCGAGUUGGCACGAGAAUGCCUUCGCUUCAUGAUUGUAGAAAGGGGCGCCGCACUGGGCUCGCGAUUAGCGGAGGUUGCUGACCUCAGCUCCGUACCAGAACUGCAUGCGCUAUCCAAACAUCUCGCAGAGUCGCGCAAGUACUGGUCUCCGUCGGAGCGCCUCAGCAUCCUGUUGGAGCGUCUGGACAGCGAUAGCCUCACUGUGGCGGUGCGCUCAGCGAUAGAGCUCAAGGCCUGGUUGUUGGGUGGCGGCGAAGACCACGUCCGAUCGCUGACGAAUGGCGACGUCUUCGAUCCUCUCGCCGGUCAUCUCGUUUUCGCUCUGUAUAGGGCGGCUUGCCGGGAUGGAGACGGAACUGAGGCUCUCCACACGCUCGCGUUCGAAUGCAUUGGAAUUGUCGGCGCUAUCGAUCCUGACAGGUUCGAGCUACGCGUCCACGACAACCGCAUGAUCAUGACAAGCAACUUUGCGGACGAAGGCGAAGCGAUGACUUUCGCGCUCCACCUCAUCCAGGAUCUUCUAGUGGGUGCAUUCCGGUCGACGAGCGACAUCAAGUACCAGAGCUACCUCGGUUACGCGAUCCAGGAACUGUUGAGAUUCUGCAAGUUUACUCCCGCAUUAGUGAAUCCUGGAUCGGGGUCAGGUUCCAUCCCAAUGAAAGUGCGGCACCGCUGGAACAGCCUGCCGAAGACGGUUCUCGAGACAGUCACCCCGUUACUGGAAUCGCGAUUCAAUCUCACAUACUCGAGGAUUGUCCUGCAGGCGUAUCCGAUCUACCCUAACCACUCGACAUAUCGACAAUGGGUGCAAGCCUGGACUAGCGAUCUGAUCUACAAGGUCAAGCACGAUGUUGCAAAGCGGAUCUUCCAGGUGUUCACUCCUGUUGUUCGCAACAAAGACGUUGGCGUCGCUCACCACCUGCUGCCACACCUCGUUCUCACGGUCCUCGCUUCUGGCGACGAAGAUGCUACCCAGGCAAUCCGCACCGAACUGCUCUCUGUGCUCGCCGACCAGGUAGAUGUGAACAGUUCCUCUACGCCGGAUAAGAAGUUGCUUAGCGCUCAGACUGUGUUCAUGUUGCUUGACCAUCUCAGCAAAUGGAUUCGCAUUGUUCGCCAGGACAUUGCAAAGCAGAAGGCGGAAGCGAAGCGCUCAUCACGAACUUCAAGUGCCUCCGGGUCUCUGACGAAUCCAGAUAUCGAGGAAGCCCUGCUGCGCGUGGACUCUGUCCUGGCCAGCGUGGAUCAAGGACUCAUGGCAAAGGCGGCGUUCCAAUGCAAGGCCUACGCGAGGUCUCUCAUGAAUCUCGAACAGCAGAUCAUGACCCUACGUGAACGUCAUACCUCAGCCCCUGAGCUGCAAGAUCACUACGAGCGGCUGCACGAGAUGUACGCUCACCUCAAUGAGCCGGACGGUAUGGAGGGUGUCUCGACGAUGAUCCUCUCCCCGUCCUUGGAGCAUCAGAUCCGUCAACACGAGAGUACCGGCCGCUGGACUUCCGCUCAAAGUUGUUGGGAGGUCCGCCUCCAGCAUGAACCUGAGAAUUUGGACUACCAUCUUGGGCUACUGAGGUGUCUCAGGAACCUUGGGCAUUACGGCAUCACCUUCACAGACUCAUUGCGUACCCACGUCAAGGGCGUACUGAUUAGGAACCCUGAGUGGGGACCUCAGCUAGUCGGCUAUCAAGUCGAGAGUGAAUGGAUGGUGGGGCAUUGGGAAGAAGUACAGAAUCUCGUCUCGCAGACCGACGCCCGGCCUCCUCUUGUCCUGAUGGCACAUGUCUUGCUUGCGAUGCGGUCUGGGAAUGAAGCAGCCAUCGCAGGAUCGCUCUCUGCGGCCCGCGAAGCUUUAGGAGCAUCUAUAACGGCAUCUGGGCCGACUGGUUAUCGACGUUCGUAUGACGCCGUGUUGGACUUACAUCUCAUCCAUGAGCUCGAAGUUAUAAACCAAGUCCUCCGCGAUCAAUCCGGCGAAGUACCCGCGGCUAUUCGAAUCGUGAAUUGGAGCUUCGAGAGCCUGCUGCAACGCCUCGCCACUCGCUUCGACUCUACACUCCCAUCGUUCCGCAUUCGAGAGCCCAUCCUGAAUAUGCGAAGGACAGCUUUCAAUUUGAGCGUGUCGCAGGUCGAGGAAGCGAAGCGAGCUACCGGAAAGCUUUGGCUCGACAGUGCCAAAAUCGCGAGGAAAGCUGGUCAUUCUCAGACGGCCUAUAGUGCAAUACUGCAAGCUCAGAGAUGCAAUACGCCUUUCUCUUUCAUUGAAAGCGCGAGGCUCGUUAGGAUGAGGGGAGAACCUCUGCGGGCGCUACAGGAACUAGAGAAUGCCAUGAAGUUGUUGGGAAACGAGGCGCAUGAGCCAUCCCCUGACAACGAAGUCAUUGACCUGACUGAAGCUGCUCCUCCAGUUCGCCUAUUCCCGGGCGAGACAAAGGCGCUGAGGGCUAAGGCUCACAUCCUUCAGGCCCGUUGGAUGGCAGACUCCGACCGAUACGAGGAUUCUAAGGUUCACAAGGAAUUCCUAGUAGGAGCGGAGAUGUUGCCCAAAUGGGAGAGUGGACAAUUCCACCUCGGACAAUUUCAUGAUGAAUGCUUCAAGGCACUCUCUCCUACAGAUAAGAGGAAUCGCGGCAUGAAAAUGAAUCUGCAGACAGUCCGAUGCUUUACUCGCGCGAUCAGAUAUGGGUCGAAGUAUAUCUAUCAAACCUUACCUCGCGUACUUACCAUCUGGCUCGAUAUGGCUGAGGAUCCUGAGCGGGCGGCAAACGACAUCUUCUCCAAGAUCAAUGCAGAAGUGUCUCGCACAAUCAAACUAGCCCCAGUAUACAAGUGGUAUACCGCUUUUCCUCAGAUCGUAUCUCGGAUUGGCAUGAGGAAUGAGAGGGCAUAUGAAGUACUCGCCUAUUUGCUCUCGUAUGUCAUUGCAGAGUAUCCGAGGCAGGCGCUGUGGCUCUUCACGGCAGUGGCCAAAUCUACCACUCCACAACGCGCUACGAGAAGCAAGCAGAUCCUGUCCAAGCUACGAAAUCAGAAUAGGAACAACACUGGUAGCAUGGUUACGGCGAUGGCCAAGAUGACUGAUGAGCUUCUGAAGUUCUGUCACAAGCCCCCAAAGGAGGCCAAAGUACUCAAUAUGCUCAAAGACUUCCCGGCACUGAAGAAGAUGAUAGACAAUACAGCAGCUGCGAAGGAGAUACUGAUACCUUUGCAGGAGUCCCUAACGGCGAAUCUUCCACCUCUCUCAGCAUCGGAGAGUACACAUCAGCCGUUUCCCAUCGACGCCCCAACGUUCGCAUCCUUUUUUGACGAGGUCGAGGUCAUGACCUCGUUAGCCAAACCCAAGAAGAUGUCCAUCAUGGGAAGCAACGGGCAGGUUUACACCUUCUUAGGCAAGAAGGAUGACCUGCGGAAGGAUGGUCGAUUGAUGGACUUCAACGCCAUUCUCAACAAACUCUUGAGGAAAGAUUCUGCGUCACGUCGCAGACAGCUCAAUAUCCGCACUUAUGGUGUCGUGUCCCUGAACGAAGAGUGUGGUUUGAUCCAAUGGGUCCCCAACACGGUACCUAUUCGUCCUAUUCUUCAGACCCUCUAUGCCCGUCGAGGAAGGCAACUGUGGGGCAACGACGUGAAAGUAGCAUUCGAUAAAAUGAAGUUGAAGAACAACAGGGAGGCUGCCGCGAUCUUCACCGAGGAGGUCCUGUCAUUGUUCCCGCCGGUCCUGCACGAAUGGUUUGUCGAGACAUUCUCGGAACCGUCCGUAUGGCUGGCAAGUCGGACGGCGUACAGUCGAACUGCUGCGGUCAUGUCUAUGGUGGGAUACAUCCUCGGUUUGGGAGAUCGUCACUGCGAGAACAUUCUGUUGGAUACAAACUGUGGAGACGUCAUCCAUGUGGACUUCGAUUGCUUGUUCGAGAAGGGACAAGCUCUUGAGACGCCUGAGAUCGUGCCGUUCCGUCUGACGCACAAUAUCGUCGACGGUUUCGGAGUGACUGGCGUCGAAGGCUUCUUCCGCAUCUCAUGCGAAGUGACGCUUCGGUUGCUUCGAGAGAACAAGGACUGUCUCAUGAAUGUUCUGGAUGCGUUCGUUCAUGACCCCCUGGUCGAGUGGGAAGAGAAGCGUCGCCGACUAGAGCGCAACCACGCUGUGGCUGACAUGCGCGCCGUAUCCCAGGAUGCUUUGGGCCCGAUAGAGGAGAAGCUGCAGGGUGUCUUCAGACUCAUGAAGUCGAGCCCUGGGAAGCAGCUGUCGGUGAACAACCAUGUCCAAGCUCUCAUACAUCAAGCAACCGACCCCGGGAACUUGGCACGAAUGUAUGUCGGAUGGGCACCGUUCCAAUGA